AUGGAAGGGCUUUCGGUGGCGUCUGCAGAAGAUGAUUCGGCUGCGGAUGGAGGUGGCGGUGCCAGUGGAAACACUGGUGGCGGGGGAGGUGGAGGAGGAGCACCAUCUGGCAGGAGUGAAGAAACACGUCGAUGCAACGCUCCUCGGGCGGCAAGGCCUCCGGUAUCACUGUAUGAAACGGGUGGUGGCGUAGAAGGAAGCGGCAGGGGAGGUGGUGGUGGAGGCUGUGGUGGUCAUAAUCGCAAAAUUAAUCAACAACAGCAAAGACAUCAACAGCAGCAGCAACAACAACAGCAGCAACACGGUGGAGGGAAGAAACAGAAAAAGCAACAAAAGUGGAAGGCAAAUAAAUACCGUGGUCGUGGUGGUCCAGAUCGUAAGGAUUGUCCUGCGAGAGGUGGACGAAAGGAUAAAUCAACCGGUGGGAUUGGAUCACAGAAUGUUGGAGCGAUCAAACCAGAAGACGGUACCGCAGCGAAUGGUCUAUCAGGGGAAGAGCAGAUGACCGUUGGUAAGGGUAUAGCAUCCGGAGAAGCUCAAGCUCACCAAUCGGAACCCGGAUGUUUCCAUCAGGUCAAUCAACAGCAGGGCUAUUCGCAACAUGGAUCGUCUUCCUCCGGUAAUGCGCAACAGCAAACUUCUGGAGCAUUGACAACGGGAGUAGCUGGCCAGCAAGGUACGGGAGGAGGAACGGCUAUCUCCUCCAUCAUGCCACCCCAGAAGCAGAAACAUUCGAAGCAGCAGAACCUUACCCCGAUGGAAGUACGUAAUAAGCGGCUACAGUCCGUUUCGAAAUUCUUCCUGCCGGAUAAGCGACCGCGCAAGGAGUGUAUCGUACCGCCGACAAAGUUUCUGCUCGGUGGCAACAUUUCUGAUCCGCUCAACCUAAACAGUUUGCAGAACGAGUCGGAAAACGCGGUCACACCGAAAUCGUCCCCGAUACCGACUCCCCCACAUUACAAGGCAAAGAUCGAAGUGAUCAUACCGCCAAACAUUAACGAUCCGCUUCAUCUGCUCGAUCCGGUCGAUUCGGUCGAGUACGAAAUGCAGCUUUGUUCGCCGAUGAAGCGCAAGCAGCGCACGCGCAACAAGCGCAAACGUAAGUCACGCACCGCAACGGAACGGAACGCGGACGGUUUGCUGUCGAUCGAUCAGCUGCCACCGCCACCGGGUGCGGAGGAGAAUGUUGGGAGCAGUGGGGCAACGGGUGGUGGUGCCAAUAAAGCGGAGGAAGCUACCACAGCUGAAGAAGCUUCCUUUACGGGCAUCGGUCAAAAGUUGGCCGAUGCCGCAGCAGGAGAACGAUUCUCACUGGCACCGGAUACGGACGCGGGACCACAUUUCCAUCAUCAUCAUUACGCGGGCCAAUCGUCCAGCAGCGGAGGAAACUCAUUAGCUCAGCAGGGUCACAUAAACACAGCUGGUGUUGGUACCAGUGUUGGUACCUCGACGGAACGAAACGUUUCUACCGCCGGUAGCGCGACAGAGCAAGAUCGCGACCGGGAGAAAGCUAUGCGCAAUUUGAAACUAGAUCUCGAAAGUGCCGGUGGCCGGAAGCGGCGUACCAGCGAGAGUACAAACAGCACCAAGAACAAGCUGCGCCGGAUGGAUUCGAUGGAUAAAAUCGUGAGUCCGGUCAUUCCACAGCCGGGCGGCUGGAAGCGAGCUCACUGGCCGACGAAUGCUGGUGGCAGUGGAGCGGUCGGUAAUGCGGGACGCAAUCGAACACGAACCUAUUCCACUACUUCUAACACGGACGAAUUGCACGGAGAGGAAGCCACGACUUCCACCGACUUCCGGGGUCAAGUGCAAGAGAGUCAGGUACAAGAAAAAGCGCACCAUUCCGAGCGUAAUGAUGCAUCGGUCGAUUUAACGAAACAAGUAUUGGAGACUGGUUCGAGCACGGUGCGGGAAGGUGUGAUAACUGGCGGAGGAGAUUCUGUUCCGGUUCUGCACACGCCCGGAGAUGACAUUGGGGCAGUGGAACGUCCCUUGGCACUGGUGCAGGGAACGGCCGAGGGAGCAAUUCCACAGCCGCAUUCCGCGUUGGCAUCAUCAAGCGGCUAUCACUUUGGUAAUUAUGACCGGUACUACGGCUACCACAGUCUGAACGAGUUUAUCGACGUUCGGUUGAAAGUGUUCUUGCGCAAUUCGUACCUAUUCCGAGACAAAGACGUGCUAGACAUUGGGUGCAAUGUGGGACUGAUGACAAUUGCCGUGGCCAAGAUGCUGCACCCGAAAUCGGCCACUGGGAUCGACGUGGAUGGUAAGCUGGUCUCUAAAGCGCGCAAAAAUCUUUCCAAGUACGUGCGAAUUCCACGCAACGCUGGACACUCGCAGGGAAGAAGAGCGAAUCGCGAGUCGGCAACAGUUGUCUCCACCGCUGCCGCAACGAUGGAAGUGAGUGGGGAGGCGAAUGAGGGCCGAAAUACAAUUCCAUUAGAAUGCGAUCCACUACAGCUGGGUGUAAGUGAACCGGUAACCACCGUGGUCGCCGCAACGACUAGUCAAACAGGGCAGGAGUCCAUCGCUCCUAUCGCUGCUACGCCAUUAAGCGUUGCGGAAUCGGCCGUGGCGGAGGUUCCAGGUGUUAACGAACCACCCGGAGAAAAUAUGCUCCAAUCACCUGUUGUUCUUGCCCAAACAGCACAGGCACAAGAAGAAGCGACGGAUAUAAAACCACCGGAAACGGUGGAUCAAACGGGCCAAAUAAAAUCGGAACUGGUAGCGACAGUAGCCGCACAUGGUAGCAAAUAUUUGUUACGACAAAAGCGACGCCGGAAACGAAUGGCACAGAAACGGCGGCCCGGUCAGCAUCACCAUCACCAUCAACAUCAGCAGCUGCGACGCCAAAAGACGGAACAGUCUCAGUACUUUCCGAUCUCGUUUCCGCUCACCAUGGGCAAUCUCAGCGGGAAGGAGUUUCAAAUGGAUAUUGGUCGGACGGAAAAUAAAUUCCCGCACAAUGUUCGGUUUAAAACGAUGAAUUACGUCCUCAAAGACGAAUCGUUGAUCAAUUACGAUACCCAGCAGUAUGAUUUGAUCCUGUGCCUUUCGGUAACGAAGUGGAUCCAUCUGAACUACGGUGAUAUGGGUCUGAAGAUAGCGUUCAAGCGUAUGUUCAACCAUCUGCGACCGGGCGGGAAGCUUAUCCUGGAAGCACAAAAUAUAGCCAGCUAUAAAAAGAAAAUGAAGCUCACGCCUACAAUUUUCAAAAACUACAAAAGCAUUGAGCUCAUGCCAAGUCGUUUUCACGACUAUCUGCUCAGCCCGGAGGUUGGCUUCAGUCACAGUUUACCACUGGGAAUACCGCGACAUCUGAGCAAAGGUUUCCGGAGACCGAUCCUGCUGUACAUUAAAGGCGAUUUUACGCCAUCACAAGCUAAGUGGAGCGACACGUAUCAUCCCGGGACACCGUACGAGAACCACCGUGGUAUCUACACAGACAUUGUAACGGCUUCGCAGUCCGCGGCUGGUUGCAUCUGGGGUGCGAUGACACCGUACGCACCCAGCUACAGUUACCGGCAACCACCAACACCAUCUCAUGGCGGUGGCAGCGGUAGCGGCAGUGGAGGUUUUGCCUCAACUUCUCCGUACUAUAACCCUCGGCAGACGGACAGCUACCUGCCGAGUUACGACAACAUCGGGAACGGCCAUCGGCCCGGUAGCUACUGUUUUGCCUCACCGCUUUAUUCGACCACCUGGUCGCCACCGUCGGACAUGUUGGCGACGAGCGGUGGUGGCGGAGGUUCGUACCGACGUUCCGCCUCCAAUACACCCAACUCGGCCAGCAUUCGGAGUACGGAUAACGACGAACAUUACUAUGCCGGUACGGUCGGUGGAGGUAGUCAGCGGCGCCAUCAUGUGUAUCCACCGAUCGAUGUACUGCCGCCACUGGUCGGUUACGACGGUAUGCGACCGGGAAGCUACCGGAGUGGCGGCGGCGGUGGUGGAGGUGGUGCAACGACAGAUUCGGACUCGGAACCAUCAUCGAAUUCGGCCUCGCAAACGCCUACCCGGCAGCAGCAACUGGCUGGUAGCUUCCUGACGGACGACCAGUCUAAUUCUCCCAGCGGGCACUCACAGCCAGACAAGUAG